AGUUUGUACAUCUUCUAAACUACAAUGUCACAGUUACAGCUGCAAAUGGAGGGCCUUCCUGGGUACGACAUCCUCAUGGGGUUCUGGGAAGACUACGCGGGUGAGCAUUUGAAUACCAUUGACCCGUACGAGGACGAAAAUGGCAAUAAACGGAGGUUACCAUCAUCUUCGUCUCAACAAGAACAACGAAUGUGGAAAAUAGUUCAAAAAAAAGCAUGGGCUCACGACAAGUGUUUCUUAGGUUCGUGUGGAGUUGGCAUGGACUGUGGAGUCGGGUUGGCACCGUUGGUGGUACUUUUUUUCCCGGUGCUAGGUCCUCUAAUCAUGUACGGGGUUCAUGCCAGAUUGAUACAUGUGGUCACUAACGAGAUGAAACUCCCCGGGUCGCUUGUGGCCAAAAUGGAGGCCAACAUCGUGGUGGAUCUUUUGAUCACGUUUCCACCCGUCAUUGGCUGUUUCUUUGGGUAUCUUCACUCCUGUUCCACCCGAAACGCUGGUUUGAUCUACAAAUACUUUCUAUUUCUCGCGGAACAGCGAGAGAAGAACAACGUGCCACUUUAUGUGGGCCGGGGGGCCAUUGGACACGGGCCUGAGACGGUGCAGCCAGCUUACGCGGGAACUGCUCGUCAAAACAAUUACCAGAACCCGAAUCUGGUGCUGAAAAAACCGAUGUUUGGCCAACGGACAUAUAGCAGUGGCCAGCGUGGCAAACCUCUGGCACAGAUUCUGGUGGAUCAGCACCAACAAAGUGGCUUCCUAUAAGCACUAAUAUAUAAAAAUCUCAA